AUGAGGGACCGGAGGCUGGUGAGGCUGGCCCUGUUGCAGCAUCUCCGAGCCGCCCAUGGCAUAAAGAUAAAGGGCGCUCGAGGGCAGUUGGAUUUCGGCCGGCAGGAGUCAACGGCUGUAGCUAUUGGGGGGAAAAUAUUUGGAGUACCUUUUUCUGCACUACCCCAGUCAUUUGUACCAGAAUAUGGAAACAUUCCAAGUUUUCUUGUUGAUGCUUGCACGUCUUUGGAAGAGCAUGUUCAUAUUGAGGGGCUUUUUAGGAAAUCUGGAUCAGUUAUCCGUCUAAAAGCAUUGAAGAGCAAAUUGGAUCAUGGUGAAAGCUGUUUAUCUUCUGCACCGCCAUGUGAUAUCGCAGGACUUCUUAAGCAGUUUUUUAGGGAGUUGCCAGAACCCAUCCUUCCAGUUGAUUUGCAUGAAGCUCUUAUCAAAGCUCAACAGUUGGAAACAGAGGAAAAGAAUACUGCUACAAUGUUGCUCUCUUGUCUUAUGGCUGACAGUAUAAUUUAUGUAUUACGAUACUUCUUUAACUUUCUGAGGAAUGUUUCUCUUAGAGCUGGUGAGAAUAAGAUGGAUAGCAGUAAUCUUGCAGUAAUAUUUGCUCCAAACCUUUUACAAUCAAGUGAUGGGCGUGAGAAAAUGUCAGCCAACACAGAAAAAAAACUUCGACUGCAAGCUGCAGUGGUGAAGACCCUCAUUGAUCAUGCAGCUGAUAUUGGUCGUGUGCCAGAGUUUAUCAUAGAAAAGAUACCAGUCAUGUUGGGUAUUGAUGGCCCCUGUUCUACUCCAUCACUAGAUGGCUACGAAGACGGUGAAUGUGAAUCUCCUCUUGAACAUAAGAGAAAGAGAAGACAGAGUGUAGGUGAUUUUGUUAGUGGAGCACUGAAUAAGCUUAAAUCUAACAGAACACCCUCUACUACACCUCAGCAAGAGAAAAACGUCCUGUUAUCAGUGACACCAGUGAUUCUUACACCCAAGACAAAACGAAAACUACCAAUGGAUUCUUCACAUGGCUUUUCAAGCAAAAAAAGGAAGUCCAUCAAGGCCAGUUUAAAUUUUGAGUUGUUACCAAGUAAUUUCUUCAGUACUCUUUCAACACCUGCAUCAGUUCAAUUUGAAGAAAGUCCUGGUGCAUCUUCCCAGAGUUCAAUCUCCCCCAUAGCCAACAGUGGAAAUCAUCUGUUCAAUACAGGUGUUCAGAGGAGAAGUAAAAGGAUUGCAAGCAAAAAAGUAUGUAGGGUGGAGUCGGGGAAGGCAGGUUGCUUCUCCCCUAAGAUAAGUCGUAAAGAAAAGGUCCGAAGAUCUCUUCGUCUCAAGUUUAGUUUGAAGAAAAGUAGCAGAGAUGUAAACAGAUGUUCUGGUUUGAAUAGAUAUGAACAUGUUGGACGAAGACUUGCAAGUCAACAAGAUUUUAAAAAUAGGAUUGAAUCUGUAAAAACUGGACUGCUUUUCAGCCCAGAUGUUGAUGAAAGAUUAACAAAGAAAGGGUCAAAGCAUAUUAGCAAAUCUGAAGAAAAUUUGCAAACUCCAGAACAAACAGAUGAUGUGAAUUACCGAAUGUCUUGGACUGCACCUAAUAAUAAUGAUUUUCAAGAUGGGACAUCACUUCCUGUGGGAACUUUUGACAAGGAAAGUAAUCCUUCUGAACCUGUCCUUACAGUUGAAAUACCACCUGAAUUGCCUUGUGAACUCACAGAUAUUAAUGUAAAUGAUAAACAUGAAAACAGCCUAACUGGGAGCUCUCUUAGUGGAGAUGAAAAUAAUUUAACCACAGAAACUUUAGUGAAAAUUCAGAAAGCAUUUUCUGAAUCUGGAAGUAAUCUUAAUGCUUUGAUAAGUGACAAUCCAUCAUUAGAAUCUGAUUUAAGGAAAGAAAAAUUAAGUGAAGUGCCUAAUGUAGAAUUUGGUCCAGAGAAGAAUCUAACCGAGGCUAAAGACUAUCAUGAAACGACAAUGCUAUCUGUGGAAAAGCAUGAUGAAAAUCAUACCAAUGAACAGGAUUCCAUUGUUUCACAGCAAAACUUCUUAGUACAUCAACUUCAAAAUUUGGUAAAAGACACCACUAUGGAAUCUCAUACAAUUCAGAAAGCAACUAAGUUAGAUGAGAAUCUUCAUUUAAAUAUGCCCAAGGACUAUUUAAAUAAGCAAGAAUUUCCCAGGAAUGAUCAAACAAAUAAGCAAGAUCUCCCUAGAGACAAAGAAAUCAUUACAAUGGAAGAGACUAAAAUUAGUAUUGAAGAAAAUGAACCAAGUUGCUCUAGUUCCGAGGAAGUUGUCACUAAAUCUUUAGGACAGAUUACAUGUCAUAUAUCAAAGUUACCUAGGAACAUAAGAACUAUUCAGCAGCAGUUGUUGGUACAAACUUGUGAUAAAACUCUUCCAGGGGGUUUUCAAAUGACAGAUCAUGGAAAGGUUUCAGACCAUAUACAUUGGUUUAAUAAACUUUCAUUAAAUGAUUCAAGAACUGAAAGCAAAGCUAAGUCACCUUUGAAAUUUCAGCGUACUCCUGUUCGUCAGUCUGUCAGAAGGAUAAAUUCCUUAAUAGAAAUGAACAGACAAUCGGGGAGGUUGGCCAGUUUGAGGGAGGUGCCUUCUCCAUUGGUUAAAUCCAUGAGCUGUGAUAGUGAUCUUUCUUCUCAUAUAGAAAGCACAUCAAAUAAUUCCUCUGCUGCUCCUCUUUAUUCAGAGCAUAAGCGAGGACAAGAGUCUAUGUCAUUUGCCCAGUCAAGCACGGAGCUAACUUCCAAAUCAAGCAUAGAGUUAUCUUCUAAACCUUGCUCAAAGGUGAAGAGACACCCAGACUCAUGGAGUACUUCUGUGAGACCCGCAAGAGUUUGCAAACAGAAGGUGAUACUUGGUAGCCAAAUCAAGUCGGUUUUGGAUGACCUAACUAAUCAUGAAUCAUUAAAAUCUGUUGUAAAUACAAGUACAGCUUUUUCUGUUGGCACACAAGAGAAGACUAUUGUCAGAAAACCAUCAGGAAGAGAAAGGGUUUGGUAUAAAGGUUCUCCAAAGAAUCCAAUAGCAAAGGUUCAGCUACUGCCAACAACCAAACCUCUGGAACUGUAAUUAUAGAACAUUUUUUCUUGAUUUAGUAAUGUAUAUAGGAUUAAGGUUCUGGUGCUUGAACUGUAGCAUAUAUCCAUGCCAGUGUGUAGCUCAGGCUGAUUUUUAUCAGUUUUUCUUGGAUGUUUUAAAAUUUCAGUGCCAAAUGUCUUGGGUUUUUAUGCUUGUACAAAUAUCACUGCCCUGAUUUAACUUUUACAAAAAUUUUCUGACUGGAUUUAUGAGUUGAGAACUUGUUUUUAAGACAUAAUUUUUUUAAAUAAAUGGCUUUGAAAAUGAAAGGAAGACUAGGCUAGUGCCUCUUCGAAUUCCUAAGUUAGAUAAAAUUUCACAAAGAAAAAGGCUAGAUAUGUCAAGGAAAUAAAUUUAUUUUAGUCUUAUUUCUUGUAUUGUUAAUGUUCAGAAUCUUUGUGGAAGGUUACAUUUGAUACCUUUACUAUUGAUACAACAUUUUUGAAACUUCCCAUUUGUUUUUUAAAAAGUGUUUCAGCAUCACAUAUACUUAGAACAAGUGUGUUCUGCUGUGCAUUUGCAUGGACUUUUAUAAUGUGUUCGAAUCAUUCUGAGUUAUAUUGUGGCGUCUAAAUCAGACCAAUCAAUGUAGUAUGAUUGUGAUGCAGAAACAAUUGAUGACUUUUAAGCCAUACUGUAUGUUUAAUUUGCACAAACAUGUUUGUAACUGUUGUCUUGUCAUAUUUGUAAUUAAAAGUAUUUAAGGAGGAAGAGUAAAACUUG